AUGUCAGCCGCAUAUCAUGCCAAGUCAUCACUCCCUGCCACCUCACCACUCUUCAUCCCCACCUCUGCUAUCCCACCUGCCACAGUCACCACUGCCAAGGCUAUAGCAGACGCCACUGCUGCCCCAGCUUUCUCCCCCAAUGGAUCCCCCAAAGGCACCUCACAGCUGUCCCCAGGCCUUUCUCCCAAGGCGCAGCACGUGAGACGCGUGUCGUUCUGCAGCAUGGUUCGCGUGCGACGUUUUUCCGCCUGUGAUGCUGACCUCGGCUCUGCUGCUGACGAUGCACUCACGGCAGAGCUGCUGCAGCACAUGUGGGGUGAUGUGGAGGGUGGAGACCUAGCAUAG